AGACUCAGACGGCCUGUGUGGAUGCGCCAUUCCGCUGUUGACUAGUUUAUUUCUUACUUUAUGUAGUGUGAUAUAGUGAGUUGAGUUCAGUCUCAGUCGGUUCAUUUCAGUUCGUUUGUUGUUGUACGCGAAGUAAAGCUCGCGCGCCCAGCUAUUUCAACAUUUACACGAAAGUGCCUUAUUUUCCCAUUCAACGUUGAUUUUGUGAAUCAAAUUCGAAUUGUUCUGUUGAUGAUGUGCGCCCUGUGAAUGCAAUAAUUUGUGAUGGACGUGUGGAUUUCGUUCUAUAACACACAUAUGGCUAAUAAUAUAGUGAAAUGGUGGAGAACUAAAUUUCUUAAUGGGUACAAACAGUUCUCAGGUGAUUGUGGGGAUGUGAAAGUAUCUGACACCGAAGAGCUUCUAGGUAGAUAUGAUUCUGAAGACGAGAACUUCGAAAGGAUAAGAAAUCUAUCUACCCCAUGUCAGGAGAGGCUGAGUAGAAGAAGCUCAAGAUCAACAUCAGUAGAUGAGGAGCCUACCCCAAAAACAGAGUCUCCUCGACGUAUAAAAUUAGAGGAACUAAUUUGCGAUGUUUCCAUGGACAAUAGUGAUCCUUCAAGACAGGAGAAGCAGGAAUUUUCCUUCACCCUUUACGAUUUCGACGGCCAUGGUAAAAUAACGAAAGAUGAUAUCGCAGGACUAGUAACAACAAUCUACGAAGCCAUCGGUUCUUCAGUCAAAGUACCGCAUUGCGGAAGCAAGACCAUUAAAGUCAAACUCACAGUUUCACCUGAAAAGCAAACGCCGGAAAACACAAAAGCAGAAACUGAAAAUACGAAAACACCCAAUAUCCGUUACAAAAAAGACAUUAACGUGACAAUUCGGCAAGAUCUGAAUGAGAAGAAUGAAUGCUAUAACGGCAACAGUAAAAGUAGGAGGAGACAUCACUGUUGCAAAAGAAUUGAGAAAUUACGCCAGAAGCAUCAUAAUUGCUGCAAGAAAGAGGCGGAGAACGAGGAGAACACUGAGGAUUGUUCCGAUGCUUACAGUAGACUAUCUAGUGCUUCAUCGAGUGAGGAUGAAUGCGAGCACGAUCUCAUCUCAGAUCAAGAACAAACAACCCAGAAAGUCAAGCAGAAGAGGUACACGAAGAAAGCUAAUUCUAGAUACACAAUACCUACAUCCUUCUUGAAGGAUAUAUACAAGCAGCAGAGAAAUUUCACCAAAAAUAAGAAAGAAAGAAACAGAUCCAGUUCAUUGCAGAGGAAAGAGCUCCUAGAAAUCAUUCAGGCCAACAUGGAAAAAAAUAAUCUCAGUUUUCAAACGAUAGGAAAACAUUGUGCACCUGAAAUGAAACAACCUGAGACGAAGCAUGAGCAUAGGCAUCACAAGACAACAACGAAAACUGAUAGCACCUUCAAUAGCUACAUAAAUAAUACACAGUUUUACGUAGACUUAGCAUCGUUACAAAACGCAACUCAGUUGCCGACAAGUUACAGAUACGACAAACUAAUAGACGCCGUUAUAGGAGUAACAAAUAAAAGAAAUGCCAUGAAUAAUCAAACUAAACAUAAUAAGAAACACCAUAGAAUAAAUUCGGAAUGUGAAAAUCAUCAAGAUAGUAAAAUUAACGAAGAUAAUGCUAAAGCCUCCCCUCAUUCGAAGAAGUGCCACGACUCCUCGACGAAAAAAAAUUCAAAAAGGUCUCAAGGGGUCACAGGCCAUACAUCUUCACCUCAUUACCUCAAGCACAGGAAUCGGCAGGAAGAUCAAGCUAGAGCUAUGGCGCAAGUGGUCCGCUGGCUGGAACAGGAGUUUUCUGCCAACCUUACCAUGAAGAAUAGAUGGGAGAGAGCGUACCAACAUGGUUUUUCUUCUGAAAAAGAAAACACAAAUUGUCCAAAUAGUCCCAAGAAUGUGGAGAGACAUGAGCACCAUCAUGUUCAUGAACAUAUUCACCAUCAUUACCAUCAUUAUCAAGAGACUCCUAUUUUGUAGAUGAAGCACCUUGUGAAGUACAACUUCUUCUAUUCUGAAGAAUGAUUUGAAGGAUUUUUAUUUAUUUGAAGAGAUGAGUCCAUCCAAUUCACCUACCGUUUCGAGGAUGAUGAUAUAUGUACUUAUUAUUUACAGGUAAUGUCUCCCUGUUGUGAGACUUGAUCCAGAAGCAAAAAAAGUUAUGUUUGUUGAUACCUGGUAUAGUCUUGAUUCAUUUAAAUCCAAGUAUUUAAAACUGUUGAGCCUUUUGACCCUGUUGAAAGUUCGUAUACUUAAUUGUCUAUUCAAAAUUUAAUACCAUCCUCUAUUCUGCUACAUCAUCAUCCUAAUAAUGUUCAGCGGCCAAUUUAUAGAAGAAAUCAAGUUGAUCAUGAUCCUGAUUAUUUGUUAUGUAAUUUCGACUGAUAUAGUGAAAAUUAUUAUGUAUUUAUUUCAUUAAAAAUAAGGAAAUGCAUCUCCUGAAUUUCGAUACUUAUGGAUUAUAAUGUUCUCAAAGCUACUUAAUUUAAGUUCGUCUUCUUCUUUUUGUUGUAUGGUUACUAGUCUAUAACUUCAAUUAAGUAUUUAUUUUUUCAUCAGAUAGUAUAUAAUUGAAAAGUCAGUAUUGAUAUUUUUUUGCAUUUCUUGAAUUGUUUUUACUAUUAUUUUUAGUCAUUUCAUCAUCAGUUUGUUGAUGAUUAUUUAAGUAAUAAACUUUGCUACCUCUGUUUUCAAACACUAAUGUGGUAUGUUUAGGAAUAGUAUAAAUAACACUCACCUGAUUUCUUUCAGGGAUUUGUUAAAUCUUUGCUGUACAUAAUUUUUAUCUUUUCACAUUGAGAAUUGUAUGAAUAUUAUUUAUUGAAUAAAAAACGAUAAUACUCA